AUGGGAGCUUUAACCAGCAGACAGAAUGCUGGAGUGGAGGAGCUGGACAUCCCAUCCAACUCCGUGUACAGAUAUCCUCCCAAAAGCGGAAGCUACUUUGCCAGCCAUUUCAUCAUGGGAGGAGAAAAGUUUGAUUCGACCCAUCCUGAGGGCUACUUGUUUGGAGAGAACACAGAUCUCAACUUCCUGGGAAACAGACCAGUUACAUUCCCAUAUACCGCCCCACCGCCUCACGAGCCAGUGAAGACCCUCCGAAGUCUCGUCAACAUUCGAAAAGAUACUCUCCGACUGGUCAGAUGUAGAGAAGACAUGAAGUUGCCCGGGCACGAGGUCGGAAAGAGCCGUAGUUGCUACAACAUUGAGUUUACCUUCGAUGCUGAUACACAAGUUGCCAUCACUAUUUACUACCAAGCCAUUGAGGAAUUCCACAAUGGUGUGCCAGUAUACCUGCCCCAGGACAGCUCUCUGAAAUCGGAGACGGUGCAUUUUAAGAGAGGCGUCUGCCAGCAGUUCUGCUUACCAUCGCAUUCUGUCAACUUGUCCGAGUGGUCAGACGAGGAGCUUUUAUUCGACAUGGAUAAAGAAGUUUUCCCCAUGGUGGUUCAGGCGGUGGUGGAUGAAGGAGAUGAGCAUUUAGGACACGCUCACAUUCUUCUCGCCACCUUUGAGAAGCAUAUGGAUGACAGCUACUGUGUGAAACCUCUGAAGCAGAAGCAAGUGGUGGAUGGUGUUAGUUACCUGCUUCAGGAGAUUUAUGGCAUAGAAAACAAAUACAACAGCCAGGAAUCUAAAGUGGCUGACGAUGAGCUCAGCGACAACAGUGCGGAGUGUGUGGUGUGUCUGUCUGAUGUGCGCGACACACUCAUCCUUCCCUGCAGACACCUGUGCUUGUGCAAUGCCUGCGCAGACACACUGCGCUAUCAAGCCAACUGCUGCCCAAUCUGCCGCCUGCCAUUUCGGGCUCUGCUGCAGAUCCGAGCCUUGAGGAGGAAGCUGAGUCCCGUCUCCACUACCGGCUUCAAUCCAGCCAUCACCUCCCAGUCCUCAGACUCUGAGGAGCAUUCGGCGGCUGAACACAUUCCCCAAGGAUUCGAGGCUGUGUCUCUUUUAGAGGCUCUAAACGGCCCGCUGAACCCCUCACCAUGCACUCCUGCACUACACGGCCUGACAAAAGCUCACAUCUCUGGAACGCUGCCUGCGUACGGCACUGCGAGUCAUCACACCGCCACACACUCGCUGUCUCACUUAGAGCACUCCAUCACCUCCAGCCAAGGCCUCAAGGUGAAGAAAAGCAGCUCCAAGUCUCUCUCCCAGAAUUCCCAGAACUCCUCAGUGCUGCCUGAGGAGGAGGAUGAGAAGUCGUGCAGUGAGUCAGAGGCUCGGGUGUGCAGGAGGAAACUGCCUAUGGACCAGCAAGAGUGUGGCAUGACCCCUGAGAGCGACAAUCUCACCCUGUCCUCAUGCGGUGCGAUAGAGCAGUCCUCGUGUAGCGGCACCCCGCUGUCCUCCACCAUCACCUCCCCUGAAGACCCAGUGAGCAGCAGUUUGGCCCAGUCUGUUAUGUCCAUGGCGUCUUCACAGAGUCAGAACUCACGCAUCAGCACUGACACGCUCUCCUCCAUGUCCGGCUCCUACCUGCCGGGGGCCGAGGGAGACGAACGCCACCAGAACACACCCGAGAGCCGGCCAGUCUCCCAGCAGGAAGGCGAGAAAACCCCCAGUGAGUCACUUGACCACAGAUUCAUGGUAGCAGUCGUUGAAGAGCAGGAUUCAGAGGGAAACGAUGUCACUGAGGAGGACUGUACAUCUCCUACUAAAGACCAGGGUGGGCGCAGGAGGAGUGAGGUGCCUUGUCCAGAGUUUGACAAUAACAAUCAGGGGCGGUCUGACACCCACUGUGUGACAGGCCUGGACAAUGAACAGGCUCCUGAUGGCCAAUUCGCUGAGCUGCUCUACCUGGAUGCCAACUGGCGUUCCCAGGAGUCUUUGCUUCAGCAUGCCUCUAAGAGCAACAUCAAUCUGGAUGAGCAAAGUGUCACCAACAUGAGGACGAGCCCGAAAAACACACCAAAAACACGCCACGGACCGCUAGCUGUGUAAAAGGCGUCCCUCCAGCAUCUGACUCCCCAUGCCAACUCCUCAUCUCACCCUCUGAUCUAAAAAGCAGAAGAAUUUGUUUCUCACGUCGCAAAUAAGAGCGCUACUCAGCAGUGGCGUUCUC